CACUGGCCAGGGAGGGCAAAGUGUAUCCGCCGCCAAAGCCGGAGCCACCAUCGCAUCCUGUCUUCGCCAACGACGGCUCGUUCAUGGAAUUGUUUAAGAAGAUGCAGGAGGGCCAAAAGCAACAAGCGACCAGCCAGUUAGUGCCGCCAGCGGUCAAGGAAGUCAUGCAGCAGCAGUUGGUCCCGCCGGAGACGACCUCCACAGGGCCUGCACUGCCGGCCAUUGCAGUGGGAGCUGCCAGCAGUGCUGCGGCGCCGUACAUUGCUGCCGCGGCGGCCGGCAAGCUGGCGCCGCCGCCACCCAUCGUGGGACGACGUCGCGGCGGAAAGGUCCUCAAAACUGGCGUAGUGGCCAAGGUGAAGACGCCCAAUGAGAGCGACGUGGACCCGAAGGACUUCUGGUCGUUGUACCUGGCCGAGGUCAACAAGUACAAGAGCAACGCCUGCGAUACGGACAACGGCAAGCGGCCGCUGGUCAAGUAGUCGCCGAAAUAGUCGCGCUUUCCAUAGAAACAUGAACUUGAACGCAAAUAGAGCGAGAAACGUUAACUGUCCAGCCGCAGAUUCGAUUUCGAUUCGACCAAUACCCCUGUCACGCAUUCCCGAGACACCAUCACAUAGCGAUCCCUUCCCGGCCCCUUUGAAAGUUUUGUACACGAAAAGCAGCGAACAGAGAUGCGUAGCUUAUAGUUUAAGUCGAGGGUGGGCUUAUGAGCUGCAAGCGCGAGCAGCGUAAUUUGUAUUUUUUUCACACG